GGGCGUGGCUUAAGAGUGUGCGGUGCUUAAGGAGGGCGGGACUGGAGGCGUGCCCCGCCUACACCAACCCCCCCCCCAACCCGAAGCCGGCGCGAAGAUGGCGGCGGAGCCGGGGACGGAGCCGAGCCCCGACCCGGAGCUGGAGGAGCUGCUGGAGAGUGCCCUGGAUGACUUCGAGAAGGCUCGUCCGUCGCCGCCACCCGCGGCGCAGCGCUCGCCCAGCGCCUCCGCCGAGGCCACGCUCUUCGCCCCCCAGGAAAGGUUCUUCCAGGAGCUCUUUGAGGGCGAGUUGGCAUCGCAGGCGGCCGCCGAGUUCGAGCAGGCCAUGCAGGAGCUGGCGCGCGAGGAGCCGCAUCUGGUCGAGCAGUUCCAGAAGCUCUCGGAGGCCGCGGGGAGAGUGGGCAGUGACACGGCGUCGCAGCAGGAAUUCACCUCCUGCCUGAAGGAGACCCUCAAUGGGUUGGCCAAGAAUGCCACCGACCUACAGGGCUCAGCGGCAUCCGAGGAGGAGCUGGCGAAGGCGCUGGAGGGACUGGGGCUGGAGGAGGGCGACGGCGAGGGCAGCGUCUUGCCCGUCAUGCGCAGCAUCCUGCAGAGCCUUCUCUCCAAGGAUGUCCUCUACCCUUCGCUCAAGGAGAUCACCGAGAAGUACCCCGAGUGGCUGCGGCAGCACGAGGCGGCGUUGCCGGUUGAGCAGUACGAGCGGUACCGGGCGCAGCUCGGCGUCAUGGGUCGCAUCUGCCAGCAGCUGGAGGGCGAGCGGCCCGGCGAGGGCGAGGAGGAGCGGCGGGCGCGCUUCGAGAGCCUCCUGGACCUCAUGCAGCAGCUGCAGGACUUGGGGCACCCCCCGAAGGAGCUGGCUGGGGAGUCGCCCCCCGGUCUCCCCUCAGAGCUGCUGGGGGGGACGGGCACCGAGCAGUGCCGCCUGAUGUAGCGGCACCCGGGGGGGGGGCCCAGGGCCAGCGCCCUCCUCGUCACCCACUAACGAAGACCCCGAGGAUGAGGAGGCUGAGCCGGAGCGGCGGCCGCUGAGACCGGGGCUGGAUGCUGCCCUCUGGCUUGGCCAUCCCAUGCCAAGGGGGGGCGGCUGGGGUGGCC